UUGCGUCCUGGCUUUAACAGUGUUUCUGAGCUUGCCACUGUCUUCUUUUAUGUGAUUAUGUCGUGGGUUAAAGUGAGAGUGUGGCUUAACCGAGCUUGGUCUAGGUUGAUGUUGUGGUUGGAUGAAGCCCAAAGAGAAGCAUUUGCAGAAAAAACAAAUGGCUGAGACUUCGGAUGUGAUACCUCUUAAUGGAGAUGGAAUGGACAUUGAUUACGACGAGUUUGAUGACGAUGAUAAUGAUGGUGAUGAGAUGGCAGCUAUUGAUGCCAUAAGCGACCUCGGAGAGCCCUUUCUACGUGAUUUCACUAGGAAGGCAGCAACGGCAUUCUUUGAUCAGUAUGGCCUGAUCAGUCAUCAGAUCAACUCUUUCAACGACUUCAUCCGGAAUGGAAUCCAGCGGGUCAUCGACGGCUUCGGCGAUCUUAAAAUCGAACCUGGAUACGAUCCCUCUCGGAAGGGUGAUGCUGAAUGGAAGCACGCCGUGGUGCGGUUUGGGAAGGUCACCAUCGAGAAGCCUCAGUUUUGGGCAGGUGAUAAGCUAGCUGAGAGUGGAAAAGGGUAUCUUGAUGUAUUACCUAGGCAUGCUCGUCUCCAGAACAUGACAUAUGCCUCGAGAAUGAAGGUCACCGUGUCUAUCCGGGUCUACAUUCCGAAACUUGUGAGCAGUGACAAGUUCAAAACUGGGAAGGAACAGUCCCUUCAGCACGAGCCAAUAUUUGAAGAAACGAAAGAGGUGUUGGCUGGGAGGAUACCUAUCAUGGUGAAAUCUGAUCUGUGCUGGAUGAGUGGUGCUGAGAAGGAUGAUUGCGAUUUUGACCUUGGAGGUUAUUUCAUCGUCAAGGGUGCUGAAAAGACCUUUAUUGCCCAAGAGCAGAUCAGCUUGAAGAAGCUCUGGAUUUCUGGGAAUUCUCAAGUUGAAAAUAUUAAAGGGGGUGAGAAGGUCCUCACCGUCUAUUUUCUGUCAACAGAAAUACCGCUAUGGAUAUUGUUUUUUGCGCUAGGCGUAAAAUCAGAUAAAGAAGUUGUUGACUUGAUUGAUUAUGGGUGCGAUGAUUCUAGAGUCUCCAAUGCGCUCUUAGCUUCCAUUCACGAGGCAGAUGAGAAGUGCGAGGGCUUCCGUAGAGCAGGGAAAGCACUAAGUUAUGUGGAUAACAAUAUUAAGAGCUGCAAGUUCCCACCUGCAGAAUCAAUCGAUGAAUGCCUCAACAACUACUUUUUCCCCUCUCUAAGUGGAGCGGGGAACAAGGUGAAGGCUCGUUUUCUCGUCUACAUGGUCAGGUGUCUCUUAGAGGCAUAUACUGGCCGACGGAAAUGUGACAACAAGGAUGAUUUUAAAAACAAGAGGUUGGACAUGGCUGGGGAGCUUCUAGAGAGAGAGCUCAGAGUGCAGAUUCUUAAUGCUCGAAGGCGAAUGAUGAGGGCUCUUCAGAGAGACCUGUACGCCGAUCGUAAUCUUCGCGAUAUUGAAAACUAUCUGGAUGCUUCCAUUAUCACGAAUGGUCUGCAAAGGGCCUUCUCCACUGGAGCUUGGUCACAUCCUUUCAAAGCAGAACGUAUCUCAGGCGUUGUGGCAACUCUGAGAAGGCAAAAUCCUUUGCAGACAGUGUCAGAUAUGAGAAAAAUGCGUCAGCAGGUUAACUAUACCGGGAAGGUUGGAGAUGCACGAUAUCCGCACCCUUCACAUUGGGGCAAGGUUUGCUUCCUCUCUACCCCGGAUGGUGAGAACUGCGGGCUUGUGAAGAAUUUGGCUGCGACGGGGCUUGUGAGCAUCAAUAUAUCAGAACCUCUUCAUGAAAAGUUGCUUAAAUGGGGAAUGCAGAUUGUUGUUGAUGAUACUUCGACUUCACUGCAUGGCAAAGCCAAAGUGUUCCUCAAUGGAGACUGGAUUGGAGUCUGUGAGGACUCGCUUUCAUUUAUCACCAAGCUCAGAAACAAGCGGCGGUGCAAGGAGAUUCCCCCGGAGGUGGAGAUCAAAAGAGAUGAACACCAUGAAGAAGUACGUCUGUAUUCGGACGCUGGAAGGGUUCUUCGCCCCCUCCUGGUCGUUCAGAAUUUGAAAAAGAUAACAUUGCUAAAAGGGAGCAAUGUCACCUUCCGGGAUCUGCUGGAUAAGGGAAUUGUUGAGCUUAUUGGCGCAGAAGAAGAGGAAGACUGUUCCACAGCAUGGGGGAUUCGAUACAUUUUCAGGGAAAGAGAGUCAAAGAAUCCUGUCAAGUUCACUCACUGUGAGCUUGACAUGUCGUUCUUGUUGGGGCUGAGCUGCGGGAUUAUUCCAUUUGCCAAUCACGAUCACGCGAGGAGAGUCCUCUAUGAAUCAGAGAAGCAUUCGCAGCAGGGCAUUGGGUUUUCAACUACAAAUCCUAACAUCAGAGUAGACACACUCUCCCACCAGUUAUACUAUCCACAAAGGCCACUUUUCCGGACGCUUCUCUCAGACUGUCUUGGAGAGCCGGAACUUUCGCUUGUUCGUAAGGGGACAAUCCCUAAGCCUGAGUACUUCAAUGGGCAGAAUGCGAUUGUGGCCAUCAAUGUCCAUCUCGGGUACAACCAAGAGGACUCCUUGGUGAUGAACCGGGCUUCGCUGGAGCGUGGAAUGUUCCGGUCAGAGCACAUCAGGAGCUACAAGGCUGAUGUGGACAACAAGGAGUCUUAUCAGAAGAAUAAGAAACCCGAGGAUUCUGUCAAUUUUGGAAAAAUACAGAGUAAGAUUGGGAGGGUGGACAGUCUCGAUGAUGAUGGCCUCCCCUUUGUUGGAGCAAACUUGCAGAGUGGUGAUAUUGUCAUCGGGAGGUGUGCUGAGUCUGGGGCAGAUCGCAGUAUAAAACUCAAGCAUACUGAGCGAGGCAUGGUCCAGAAAGUGGUCCUCUCCGCUAAUGAUGAAGGGAAAAACUACGCUGUUGUUUCUCUUAGACAGGUUCGCUCCCCGUGCCUUGGGGACAAGUUUGCCAGCAUGCACGGGCAGAAGGGUGUGCUCGGUUUCCUCGAGUCCCAAGAAAAUUUUGUUUUCACGAGGCAGGGAAUUGUUCCUGAUGUUGUCAUAAACCCACACGCCUUCCCCUCGAGGCAAACACCGGGUCAGAUUCUGGAAGCAGCCCUUGGAAAGGGUAUCGCAUGUGGUGGGCCUGUGAAAUAUGCCACCCCUUUCUCCACUCCAUCCAUCGAGGACAUCACCAAUCAACUGCACAGAGUUGGGUUCGCGAGAUGGGGAAAUGAGAGGGUGUACGAUGGUCGGACGGGCAAGCCAGUGGAGUCACUCAUCUUCAUUGGCCCCACAUUCUACCAGCGUCUGAUCCACAUGGCGGAAGACAAAGUGAAGUUCCGGAACACGGGUCCCGUUCACCCUCUGACCCGACAGCCUGUGGCCGAUAGGAAACGCUUCGGUGGGAUCAAGUUUGGGGAGAUGGAGAGGGACUGCCUCAUCGCCCACGGGGCUUCGGCAAACCUCCACGAGCGGCUCUUCACCCUCAGCGACUCGUCCCAGAUGCACAUCUGCCAGAAGUGCAAGAACAUUGCAAAUGUGAUCCAGAGGGCUCUUCCUGGUGGUCGGAAGAUCAGGGGACCACACUGCAGGUUCUGUAAAUCGUCCGAUGAUAUCGUGAAGGUGAACGUGCCAUAUGGAGCUAAGCUGCUGUGCCAGGAGCUGUUCAGUAUGGGGAUAUGUCUCAAGUUUGACACCCGUCUUUGUUGACUCUAUCGGAGUUUAUUUCAUGGGUCUUUAUCAGGUAUUCAAGUUAUCAUAGUUCCUUUUGUAGAUUUCUAUCAGGCACUGAAGUUGCAAGGAGAAUUGCACUAAGUUGAUAUCAAUAGA